UUUUGAUGAGCCUGAAUUCAUGAUCUUAGUGUGAUGUUUUGGGUAGGGCCGAAAAACCUUGUACUUUGAGCAGAACGAUCUCCUAUACUCUUGGACAGACUUCCUACUAGUACAACGUCAACAACUUUUGUCUGUUAAGUGUGUAUUUUUAAUUUUAAACCCUACGUAUUAAUGAUGCGUUCUACAGUUUAGCCACUUUGUGCCCGUAUAUAAGCCCCAACAGUGUCAGAAGCCUUUUUUCUUAGCAACAAAGUAUUUAUGCACAAAAGGUCAAGAUGGGGAAAAUGCUCUCUAAAAUCUUCGGCAACAAGGAGAUGAGAAUAUUGAUGCUUGGACUUGAUGCUGCAGGAAAGACAACAAUCCUAUACAAGCUAAAACUUGGACAGUCCGUGACCACAAUCCCUACAGUAGGCUUCAACGUGGAAACGGUCACCUACAAGAAUGUCAAGUUCAACGUGUGGGACGUCGGAGGCCAAGAUAAAAUUCGCCCUCUAUGGCGGCACUACUACACGGGCACCCAGGGCUUGAUAUUCGUGGUGGAUUGUGCGGACAGGGAUCGGAUCGAUGAGGCGAGGCAGGAACUUCAACCCCAUCAAUUCAUCUGAUUACAUUUCAAUAAGUUGCUGUGUCUCAUUGUUGUUG